AGCCUUCACCGUGACGACCGUUUUGUCUGGACCUUUGACUCCUGACAACGGCUGGAAGCCACGAGUACUCCUCGUUUCUUCAGCGUGGGCAUAAUUUCGUCACUUCUCCGUGCCUUUAGCGAACAUGUGUCUCGAAAUUGUAUCACAGGUUCCCUGAUCCACGUUUUUCUUUGGUUGGCGGGGCGGAAGGCUGUGCGUCCCGACAUGCCAAAGGCGGUACAAGGCGGUCCAGGGUACCCUCAUUCGUACCAUCGUACCAUCUAUCCUUGCACUUUCGAUGCCCGGAUAUGCUUUACUUCGGUCAUCCUCCAAGAUUCCACAGCGGCGCCUCCAGCAUGUUCCACAGGGGAACGCCGUUAACACGUUGUCGUUAUGAAAUCAUGGUGCAUAUAAAGGCUCAAGCUACGGACGCUACACCUUACGUUUGCUUGCUUUGGCUGUUUGCGGCAGUAACUCUGGGUCUGAGUGCGGCGCGGAUACACUAUACUCUGCACAUUCCUCCUGGUGACCCUCUGAACCGUGGCGUUGACUUCUAUGACCCCAUUGUCGCUGAACUCUUGGCCACGUCGGCCAUAACCGUUCUCUGGGUCCCUUGGGUCGUCUCCAUCAUAACACGCACUUACGACUACGGCAUCGUCUCCACCUUCCUGAGCGAGACGAUUGGCCUCUUCAUCCUGUUCGUUCUCUGGCUUGUCGGCGCAGCUAUCGCUACGUCCUCCUGGGGUAACCUCGCUUGGUGCCAUAUCUACCUGCCGUGCCGCGUUCUCACGGCCCUCGUCGCUUUUGCCUGGAUGAGCUUUAUCAUGGUCUUUGUCCUGCUCAUCAUCAGCGUCAUGUUCUCCAUUGCGAACAGGGCAUUCAAGCAGCCGAUGCACGGACGGUACGACCCGCGCUCGAGCUAUGCCCCCAGCUACCGCGUAUGAACCAGUAGGAUCGGAUAACGAGCUAUUUGGAGCACAUGAACUAGCUAAAUCGAUUGUAACAUGUAGAUGCCUGUAAUAGUCCCACCUCUAUUAUUUU